AUGCAACCCUUUGCGCAGAAGAUCCUAGUUGUCGGAGGCAACGGCUUUCUGGGGUCCGCCGUGUGUAGGACCGCCUUGGCACGCGGCAUGAAGGUCGCAAGCAUCAGCCCGUCAGGCAAGCCCUGGCAGACGCCAAAAGGCCAUACGCCCGCAUGGGUGCACAAAGUCGAGUGGCACCAGGGCAACGCGCUGCAGCCGCAGACGUACGCGCACCUGCUCCCGGAGGUGACCGCGGUCGUGCACACGAUCGGGACGCUGUUCGAGAAGUCGGGCUACAAGAGCGCGCUGAAGGACGGGAACGUGCCGCGAUUCGUGAGCAGCGUCGCUGCUGCUGUGGCUGGGGGAGGGGUCUCUGCGAACCCGCUUGAGAGGGAGAGCAAGCGGAGGGAGGGCAGCUACGAGACGCUGAACCGCGACACAGCUGUACGCGUGUGCGAGACCUUCCUCCAAUCCGAGCCAGUCGUAAAGACAGACGGUCCCCGCGCGUUCAUCUACAUCUCUGCAGAAGACUGCAACCGCCCUAUCGUUCCCUCAGGCUACAUUGAGACUAAACGAGAAGCCGAAGUGCUGAUCGAGAAGAUGGUCCAGGAGAACGCCCGGUACCGGGCGGUGUACAUCCGGCCCACUCUCAUUUACCAUCCCCAUUUCCGGCCCAUGAUCACCCCCGCUGCUGCCCUCCUCGAUUUAUCCGCCACCAUCCACUCAAAACACCCCGCAGGGUUCCCCACCCCGGCCGGCCUGCUUCGCACGCUCGGUUCCCUCAUGCCGCGACCUGUCUCGGGCCGCGAGUCCCUCGUGGACUCCCCGUUCAAUUCGAUCGCGCGCGUGCUCACGGUUCCGCCCAUACAUGUCGAUCAUGUCGCCGAGGCGGUCUGCAUCGCGGCGGAUAAAUCGCGGACGGACGUGCGCGGGCCGUAUGGGCUGGAGGCUAUCAGGGAGCUCAUUGGCUGGCACCAGAAGGGACAAAAGAGCCAGCAGCAGGCUGGGGCGCCUGUGUGA